AUCCGUUUGGAAGUAGGUACAGCAAAACUUGUCAUUUGCUGCUUUUCCACUACGACACCAUGGCGGAAAAACUCCUGCGAAAUAUCCAACUCUUUUCAGAAAAUGAUCUCUCCGAAUUUCUGCAACAAAACGGACACAGCGACUUCAAGCAAAUUUUAAGCAACGCGGAAAUCAACGAUGGCGAAAAAUUUUUGAAUCUCACCGAAUUGCAAAUACGCAGUUGGAACGUGCCUUUAGGCACAAGGCGAAGACUCAUGGCGUUUUUGACGGACGUAAAGGCAAACCCGCAGAAUUUUCUCUCGAAAGAGCAGACUGCGAAAUGUACGCCUUUGAAUCGACGUCAAAGUUUGCGCACUAAAAGUGAUUUCAAAGAAAAACUAGAGCAGGUUAUUACGGUGCCUAAGCAAAUGACGGAACCCAAACCGUUCAAAAAACCUACAAUAAAACCACCGUUGGAGGAUCCACCUUUACCUUCACCGUCGCCAACUGAAGAAUAUUUACCCAUGGAUAUGGGAAAAGGAGAAGAUCUUGAAGGUCAUUACGACGACGGUGGGUAUUUGGUUCCUAUUGAACCAUCGAAACAGAUUGAAGAGGAUACAUACGAACCUCCACCCUCUGAGAAACUUGUAACGAAUUUUGCUCCAAGUAACCACAAACCAAAAACCGUAACGAGUCCAUCUUCUAGUCUUUACCCACGAAAAGUAGAUAUAUCUUUAAGAGCACCUCUGGCUUUACCCAGAAAUAGUACCGAUGAAAGAGGGUACAUACGAGGACCUGAAGAUCUCGUACCUCCUAACGACAGAAACACAGAAAACGCACCUCCUCUGUUUCCCAGAGUUGCCCCGAAAAACCAGAGAAAUGUACCUUUCAAGUCUCUAGCUAGUACACCCAGUCCUACCACUGCCAAACAGUUUCCAAAAGCAUCAGCAGAAAGCGAAAGCGAUGAAGACGUAGCUUAUGAACCUAUCGAUGAACAACCCGAUAUACCUUCCAGACUCAGUCCAGGGGAACCAAAUCCGGAUAACCCGACUGGGUCCAUUACCCGGCUCUUCUCGAAUUUUCUGAAAUUAAACAAGAAAGCAAACGUACCCAGAUCCGAACCUAUUGAAAUCCAGACGAAUAGCUUGGAUCGAAAAGAGUUACCAAAAAAGGAUUCAGGUACGGUUCGUUCACCUUCUGUUCGGUCACAGUCGCCUAACUAUACUGCGCGACCGUUGCCUCCACUACCGACAUCAAAAGGGCAUUUUAAACCUCCCGAUAGAAAAGAACGAGACGAGGAACCACUCGAAGAAUAUGAAAAUAUUGAAAAACGCACGCAAUUUAGAGCUCCAAAAGUAGAAGAAAGCGAAGAGCCGCUGGAAGAAUACGAGAACAUUGAAAAACACAUAAGACCCAGAACCCCUGAAACAGAAGACGAUGAACCCUUGGAACCUUACGAAAAUAUUCAAAGGCAUCCAUCGAACGGAAGCAUCAAAAGUACAAAAUCUCGUGCUGUUGCUCCAGACGAUAGUUUUAAAAGAGAUAAGCCUAAAGUUGAACCUAGUCCAACCGUUGAGCAGGAAGCUGCCACAAGACAUAAAAAUACUGACGAUAAUAAGAAACCCAAAUAUCCAGAAAGUUACGAACAGUUUCAUAUGGGGAAGUCCAAGUUUGGUAAAAACCCACUUCCACUACCACCUACUUCUUUACCUCAAAUUAAACUGGAUCCGGGAUUUUUAACAAUGCAGAACAAUGACUAUGACUGCGAACCUGAGGAUUAUGGCGACUAUUUAAUAAACCUGAACGACGAACCUUUUUACCGAAACACCGACCGCAAAGGCGCCAGACUGCUGCUUUACGACCUCGAUGAUGGCGCUUUUGUAUUCCGGCCCAGUAAGAAAUUCUUCUUAACCAUAUCGCUAAAGUACCACGGUAGGUACUUCAACCUGGGCAUUGACAGGACACCCAACAACAUGAUGCGGCUUAAUACAACUGGAGUCCACACGUCGCCAGAAUUUCGCACCCUCACAGAAUUCGUUGAUCACUUCACGAAAGAACACUUGACAUUUGAAUACCAAGGCCACGUAGUUGAAACCUACUUAGCCACAACCCUACCAUCCAACAGAUUUUAGUAUGAUAUGUACUUUGUAUUUAAAAAUAGCUCUACUCGUAAAUAAACUUUUAUUUAAUAAAAA